AUGAACGAUGAGAAACUAUUAAAAGAAGCCAGGGCCCUGGAAGCCAGAUUGGUUGGAUUUGAAAAAGUAAUUUUAGAUUUUGAUCAAGUACAACGAACAUAUUUUUUUUCUCCGACUGAGCCACCCAACUUUCGAAUAAUUCAUACCCACUAAUUAUUUUAUUUACUUGUUGUAAUGUAAGUAAUGUAUGGCUUUAUUUACACGUGGGUAUUAAUAUUUUACGACACUUAGACAAAAUGACUACAAUGACGACUUGGGUUACAAUACUUACGUGAUUAAUCGAUAGGUAUUGUUGUAAUUGUAAACCUACCUAACUGCCGUUACGUUUGAUACAGUAUAUGAACGAUUUGACAAACAGUUUACAAUUGCUGCAAACUGAAGAGUCCGCUUUGGAAGAAAAAUUGGCCGGUCUCAAUUCUGUAAUUGAUGAUUAUCAAAACAAAUUGAAUAAACUGAAAAUGGAAAAUCCCAACGUGGAAACGGUCGUGGACAAGGUAUCAGAGCAGACCAGUUAGUAUCUAUACAAAUAUGUGUUAAUAGCGAUUGAAACAAAAUUAUAUAUUAAGCAUAGAUUUCGUUGUUUAAGUAGGUGCCUACAUAAUUAAUGACUAUACCUGCCUGUGAUACAUGAACACCUGCCAUUGAUUAAGCAUAUUUAAUCAAUGGUCAGACAUUAUAGUAGGGUUAACAUUUAAUGUUUUGCGGUAAAUUUUAUUGCGUAUCGUUUCAGAAGUACACCACCUAUUGAAUGUGCAUCUGGAAAGUCUACAGAAGGUGUGUACUAUUACGUAUAAGGUGUAAUAUUUGAUUUUUUUUUUUUUUUUUCUGUAAGGUUUCAUAUUAUAACAUAAUUAUUAUUACUAAAUUUCUGUAAAUACAUAAUUAAGAUUAUCCAAAAACCAUUUAAAUUACUAUUAAAAUAAAAACGAAUAAACAGAUAUACAUUGGUCGUUUAGCAACUCUGAGUAUUAAUAUGUGGUUUGUUUCCGAACAAAAGUUUAAUCAAUCUUUAUUUAAACAAAAAUUGAACCCAUUAGAUUUUAAAAAUCCGUUCAAUACAUCAAUAUCAAAAAAAAAUUAUAAUUUGUUCCGAAUAAAAUGGGAGGAAAAAACUUAAAAGUUAAUAAAAUUUGUAACAGCGAUACAGAAAAAUUCUAAUGGCAAUAUUGUAGAUAGUCAUAAUGAAAUGACCAAGUGGAUUACGUAAUUUUUAAUUUAACUGAAUUUCGUAAUAAUCUGCAUUGAUUUUAUCAAUCAUGAUUUUAUGGACUAUCACAUUUUGGUCAACCGGAUCAGUAAUCCAGUAUUUGAACAGAUCCAAAUUAAGUAAUCUACACAAAUUUGGUUAUGAUAUUUUUUCAUUGUUUUAAAAUUUUUGUUUUAGACCAAAACAAAUAUAUUAGAAAACAAAUUUGAAGCAGAAGGUUGGUAUCAAACACAAAAACAAUACUUACCUGUGUUUUUUUUUAAAAGUUUUAUAAUAUUAAAAUUAUGUGGUUUUAUGUUCAAGUGGAAGAAUUGGAAAACAAAUUGGACAGAGUGUGGAAUUCAUUCAGUGUCAAGAAUUCUGAAUUGGAUGAUAAGAUCAAACAAGCAGAAUUGAAAAUAGCCGAACGACAAAGCAUGAUAUCUAAAAAGGUAAAUAAUAUUGUUUACCUAUGCCGAAAAUAAAAUAAAACUAAAAUUAUGUUAAAAAAAAAAAAAAAAAACAGUACAGACUAGAAAUCGACAAAUACAAAAAAGCCAUAGACAAACUAAGGGAAGAAAAUACAAUAUUGGAAAAUAAAUUAAAUAUUAUAAGUAAAACCCAAGUGGAUUUAGAUGACUAA